GCGCUUAAACCAUGGUUAAAAGUUCAAGUAAAUCAAGGGUCGUAAUUUGAGCUCCAUCUAUAGUGAAUGAAGAAAAAAACUUGAAAAAGAACCGAUAGUGUUGUAUUAUGCUUAACGUUAAUGUAUGAUUUCAAAGAGUGUCACACUGUUCUUAAGUGUAUAUCUUUACAUAUCGUAAUUUGUAACUUUUUUUUCUUGGUUUCUCUAUCAUCGCCUAACCCCCCACAGUUUUACAUAACCUUGUAAUUAUGGCCGCUAUAGGUACCUGGGCUUUCUCAUAUCCGGUUGUGGAGAAAAUGAAGCUUCAUCUUCUGCAGCAGAAACCGGCUACAGACUGCGUAGAGGAAUCCUUAGCAGAUGUUGAAGAUAAUCUGGAGACAGGGAAGUAUAUUGUUGGUAGAGGUGGUUACCCAAAUAGAGAUGGCCAAGUUCAGUGUGAUGCAGCUAUCAUGGAGGGAAGACCAGGUCGAUUUGGAGCUGUUGCAGCCUUGAGAUGCAUUGGUACUCCUGUUUCUGUGGCUCGACAGAUUAUGGAGAAAAGUAACCAUAGCAUGCUGGUAGGAGAAGGAGCUCUAGCUUUUGCCAAGGAUCAGGGAUUCAAAGUGGAAGAUAACAAAAGAAUGCUGUCACCAGAAAGUGCAAAAGCCUAUCAGGACUUCACGGAAAAGAAGAAGGAAUGUAAGGGUCAUGACACUUUGGGGUUGAUUGCACUUGAUUUAGAUGGAAAUAUUGCUGUGGGUGUAUCUUCUUCUGGAAUUCCCUUUAAAUCAUCUGGGAGAGUCGGAGAUUCUCCACUACCUGGAUGUGGACUUUAUGCUGACAACAGGGUUGGUGCUGCUGCAGCAACUGGCGAUGGAGACAAGAUAAUGUGUUUUUGUCCAAGCUUUCAUGUUGUUCAUCUGAUGAAGCAGGGGUUAUGUCCUGCUGAUGCCUGCCAGGCUGUGUUAAAUGAUAUUCAAGAAAGAAUUGGAACUAAGGAUAUGUUUGAAAUUGGAUUAAUUGCAAUGAAUAUUAAGGGUGAUGUUGGAGCAGCUUCUUCAGUUGAAUUUCCUUACACUUUCUGGCAUAAUGGAAGAGAAGAUGUUCAGCUUCAUACCCAGUUACCAAUUUAGAAUCUAACCAGUUCUUUACAUUAGACAAGAUCAUCUUUGCAAACGGUUUGCAAAAAUACUAGAAAAGCAAUGAGAAUUUGGGUAACGGAUAACAAUAACCACUGAUACCAAGAUAAACGAAGAAGGUACUGCCAAGAUAUCUGACCCAUACUGGUAACUUGAUGUAAAAAGUUACAGAGCAUGAUGUGUUUAUUGUAACAUUUGAGUUCUAAGAGGAGAUACACAAUAUGAGCAACUUCUUCCUGGGGUUACAGAAAACUCCUCAAGAGACUGCUAUGGACUGAUUCUGAAAUAAGUGUAUAAGGAAAAAAAUUUGGGGAACCAUUUCAUAUAGAAAAAUAAAGCACUGUACUACAGUAUAUAAAAACACAAUUUAUCUCUCACACACACAAAGGAUAUGCAGCACUGUCACCAGUUUGGUAGUCAUUAUGAGCCUCUCUUAAAUAACUUUUUCAAAUGGUGCACAUUGCAGCAUUUAUUUAUACAUUUGAGUAUGGAAUCAGAGUACAAGGUAUUGUGCUGUGGUAAAGAAUUUACUUGAACCAUCUACCUGUAAACAGCUCUUAUCUUAAAAAAACAUCAGCAAAGAGAAAUUCUGAGCACCCCCCGCAUUUGACAUUUCAAGUUGAUUAAACAUGAUGAAGAAGAAGAGGAUUUAAACAUUGUCUGCUUGCCACAAGCAAUACAAGUUCUAGUCACUUCUUAGGCCUGAUUUAUUUUAUUGUAUGUUUUAUAGGAGACAGUGAUUUUCCAUCAUAAAGUGUACAUUUUGUACUGUUGUGUAAAGAAGACUCCUCCAUACCAAUACAAUUAUUUCUAGCUUUGUGAAUGUCAUUUCAUCCUUUCUGCGGUGGCCUAGCACUCUGCCUGGGGUUUGUUUCCUGCCUAGCACCCUGCGUUGGCUGGGAUUGGCUCCAGCAGACCCCCGUGACCCUGUAGUUAGGAUAUAGCGGGUUGGAUAUUGGAUGGAUGGAUUUCAUCCUUUACAAUUUGUUAUUUGCAUUUUUGAUUCUUGGGAUAAUAAUAUUUCUAACUACAAAACAACAAUGAUAUUUCAAGUAGAAUAUUAGUCACUAUUAUUAGUAUUCAUAAUAAUCAAGACUUUUUACACAAAAAUGUUUACAGUGAGCACCAUUAAAAAGUUGUUUGCAAUCUCUUGUCAGGUUUGUCCUAAACUACAAUGUUUUUGUGUUCUCUUUAUUGCAUUUACCCCAUAUUUUUGACACCUAUUACACACCCAACUUAUCUGAAAGUGUCUCUCUCUCUCUCUCUCUCUCUCAAUUGCCUUUCCCAGUUUAUUUAUUUCUCCUACAAAGGUCUUUUUUUGGGGAAUUUUUUUUUUUUGUCUCCUCGGGGAGUCGAGGCUGUGGGGCUGUCAAAAAUCAAGGUCUGUUAAAGCCCGUUGAAACAUUUC